AUGAGAAAGAACUACCAGAAUUCUUUGGCCUUCAUUUUUGCUGUGGAGGAGAUCAAUAAGGAUCAACACCUCCUACCUAACAUCACCCUGGGCUUCCACAUUUAUGAUAACUUCUUCCACAGAAGUGUGAACUAUGAUAUUACCCUGUCCCUGCUAUCUGAACAGAAACAAGGCUUCCCUAAUUACAGGUGUGGAAGUCAAUACAAGAUUUCUGCAGUUGUUGGAGGACUGAGCUCUGAAGCUUCUAUCCAGAUAGCCACAAUCUUAGGCCUCUAUAAAACCCCACAGAUCAGUUAUGGAGCAGGUCACGCGGUGCUAAAGGAUAAAACUCAGUUUCCCCCUUUUUACCAAAUGGUUCCAGAUGAAGCCUCUAAGUAUGAAGGGAUAGUAACUUUGUUAAGGUAUUUCAGAUGGACAUGGGUUGGCCUCACUGUUUCAUAUGAUGACAGCGGAGAAGAUUUUGUGCAAGCCCUGCAAACAAUGUUCAGUAGGAAUGGCAUCUGUAUUGCUUUCACAGAAAAGGUGCCACUGAUCCUUUUUCAAAUGAAUGGAUCUAGGAAUCAUAUAUUUUCUAUUCAAGAUAUCCUGGCAGCUCUUACUGUAACUAAAGCCAAUGUGAUUCUUGUAUAUGGGGACACUAGUUCCAUGCAACAUUUAAAAUUAGUGCUAAAUGCAUAUGGACCAUUGACAAAGACAUUCCCAGAGAAGGUUUGGAUCACAACAGGCCAGUGGGACUUGACCACAUCCAUUUUAGUGAACGAUUGGUAUAUCAAACACUUCCACGGUUCCUUAUCCAUAGCAACCCACAAAAAUGAUGUGCCAGGAUUUUCGACCUUCCUCCAGACCUUUAAUCCUUACAAGCACCAACAUUAUUUUACCCUUCAGCAAUUCUGGAGUACUGCAUUUGAGUGUUUUAUGAUGCCAAAUCCUUAUGGAACUUUAAGCAAUCUUACAAAAUGUACAGGGGAAGAAAAGUUGGAGAGUCUUCCAGACACUGAGUUUUCACUUCAUCCAUUUCUGAGGAACAUCCAUUUCAACAACAGUGCCGGGGACGAGAUAUUUUUAAAUGAGAACAUGGAAUUGUCUGUUGGGUAUGACAUUGUUAACUGGAUCAUUUUUCCAAAUAAAUCUUUCACACAAGUGAGGGUUGGAAUGAUAGAUUCCCAGGCUGCCUUAGAUGAAAAGUUUAUCAUUGAGAAAAAUGCCAUUAUAUGGCCAGAGAAAUUCAACCAGACGUUGCCACAUUCUGUUUGUACUAAGAGAUGUCAUCCUGGAUACUACAGAAAAACUCAUGAAGGAAAGCCAUCUUGCUGCUAUGAUUGCUUCCAGUGUCCAGAAGGGACAAUUUCAGACAAAACAGAUGCCUAUCAAUGUGAAAGGUGUGCUGAAGAUAAAUAUCCAAACAAGCAUCAAAACCAAUGUAUCCUUAAAGGCAUAACUUUUCUAGCCUAUGAUGAAUUACUAGGGAUAGGUUUGGCUUCUGCUGCACUUUCUUUUUCUCUACUCACGGCCCUGGUGCUAGGAACUUUUAAGCAUCAUCAGAACACCCCCAUCGUCAGAGCCAACAAUCGGGAUCUUACCUACCUUCUGCUGAUCUCCCUCUUGUUCUGCUUCCUUUGUUCUUUGUUGUUUAUUGGUCGUCCCAGUAGGAUGACCUGCCUUCUUCGACAAACUGCUUUCGGAAUAAUCUUUUCUCUUGCACUUUCUUGUGUGUUGGCCAAAACAAUCACAGUGGUCCUGGCAUUCUUGGCCACAAACCCAGGGAACAAGAUGAAAAAAUGGUUGAGCCAAAGACUGUCUUAUUACAUUAUAGUGUUUUGCUCUAUGAUUCAGCUUAUUAUCUGUAGUAUCUGGCUCAGCACAACUCCUCCAUUCCCAGACCUUGACAUGUUCUCACACGUCGGAAGAAUCCUAGUGAAAUGUAAUGAGGGCUCAGGCACCAUGUUUUACAUUGUCCUGGGUUAUAUGGGCUUUCAGGCCAGCAUAGGCUUCAUGGUGGCUUUCCUAGCCAGGAAGCUGCCUGAUCAUUUCAAUGAAGCCAAGUUUAUCACCUUCAGCAUGUUGAUUUUUUGCAGUGUCUGGGUCUCCUUUGUUCCAAUCCACCUGAGCACCAAGGAAAAAUACAUGGUGGCUGUGGAGAUCUUCUCUAUUUUGGCCUCCAGCUCUGGGUUGUUGGGUUGCAUUUUUGCUCCGAAAAUGUACAUUAUUUUGCUGAGGCCAAAAAUGAACACAAAGGACCACUUUAAGAAAAAAAAAUUAUACAAUGACUCACAGGGAUAUUUUUGCAAUGAUACAAAUUUCUCCAACAGUUCCAGGGAUCUUGGAUAG